AAAAGCUUUACGUAUUCUAUUUUAAUUAAAAAAAUAUUUUAUUUUGUAAUGAGUUGCAACAAAUUUGUUGUUGUUGACCAGAUCCCGCCAAUUUAUCAAGACAGCGGGACGGAUUUAUCUCAAGCUUUGAGUUCUUAUGAAGUGUCUACGGGCAAAGUGCUUAAAAGUGAAGGUAGGGGUUCUGACUUUGUUUCUCCAAAAAUUUUUUGUGCUACUCGUAAUAAUUGGUAAGCUUUUCUAUUUAGUAGCUGCUUUACGCCUUUAUAUAUUUAGGCUUGUUUUGAGCAUUGAUUCUGAUCUUCAUGUCUUUGAUCUCUCGGUUGGAUGUGUUGAAUUUUGUUUGGACAGUUCUAAAGGCCGACUUAACCAUUCGAAGGGAGUGAAAGAAAAGCAUAGCGUUUUGACAGAAGAGGAUGGUAAUGUUGUUGAAGUGUGUUUCUUACCUGAUCGAGAUGUUUUUAUGGUUUUGUUAAGCAAAGGGACAAUUCUUUUUAUGUCACCGAACAAUCGCUACACGCAUAGACAGGUUUUUUGUAAUGAUUGCAAAUUUAUUUUGAAUUUAAAGUCCGUUUUCCCACCCCUGGAAAGCUGCUCAACAUGCACUGUUUCAACUCAAAAUGGCUAUUCUACUUGUAUUCUGGAUCGUCAAAAAUCAGUUUUACAUUUCAUAUCAAUUCCGGCUUUUGACUAUUCAAUUCGUGAUGAGCUUGAAUUUCGUGACAAUUUCUCUGGUGUCGAGUUGGUCCGUUCGAUUGAAAUUGCUUUUCAAUUUAAAUGUCAUUUUCUCGUCUCUUCUACAAAUAAUUUUGUUUUGUUUCCACGAGAUCCAGGAAUGGUUACUUCACUUUCUAUUCAUUUGGAAGAAAUUAAGAAUUAUCCGGAAGAUGUAGCUUGUUUCUCAUCACUUUUCAAGAUUAAGCAACCAGUCAAAAUUGUUAAAAACUUUGGAUGUUUUGUUGUUGCUUUAAUCUCAAAUAAACUUCAAUUUUACAAUGAAAAUUACUUUCUUUUUUAUACUCUGGCUUUACAAGACGAACAAAUAGUUAAUGUUUUGGAUUUUGAGUUUUUGGAUGUUGAAAAUUUCUCCGAGUUUGCGACUGAUGUUAAGCUUUUACUUAAAGUUUUGACGAAGAAUAAUGAUGUUGAGUUUAUGAUUCGCCAAGUCAAUCAAAAAGAUGUGCAAUUUAGUAAAAUCUGUUCUGAGUACACAAUGAUGAUUCCAUACUCGACUCCAAAUGAUGAUAGUAGCAUUGUUUAUGUGGAUGCUUGUCCAGCAAAGAGUCGCGAUAUGGUUUUUCUUCGUUUUGUCAAUCAUUCUCAACCACUUACUCGAUUACACAGACUUCUAGAUUUAAAGUAUUUUGCUGAUGCACUCUCUUUUGCAAUUACUUACAAUUUAUCUGUUGAUUUGGUAUAUGAAGCUAUAAUUCAUCAGUGCCAGGAAAAAAUUCAAAAUGCUGAAGAUGGAAACUACGAAGAGGCUACUUUUAUUGAAAUGAUCAAGAAUUUGAAGCUUAUUUCUGAUAAUGAUUCGGCUGGCGAUAUGGUCGUAGCAUCACUACCUUUUUUAAACUGCUUCGCGCACAUUAAUGAAAUCUUGGUGUUUGCAAAAGGAUUAACAAUUACCGAUGAAUACACACUAAAAGAAAUUGAACGUCUUCGUUUUGAAUUCGAAUCAUUCAGUCUCGUUUAUGACAAAGACAACAUUAAUUAUUCAAGGACGUCUGACUGGCAUAACUUUUACACGAGUGAUACACACAAAGAAUUUUUUGAUCGUUUUUGUGAAAAAGGGAAAAUUGCUGAGGCUCGCACACUCUUCUCACGUUAUCCAGAUAUUUCUCAGAAACUUAUGGAUAAGGAAGCUUUUCAUAAAUUGCUUUAUGUAUUUCGGGAUGUUAUUAAAGCUAAUUCAACUCUUUGUUGUGACAUCAGCCAAUUUAUGCAAACAGAUUUAAUUUCUGUGUUUCUACACAUUGGACAGGAUGAUACAAAACAAAUUUGUGAAGAUUUGUGUUCGUUCUUCAUUUCUAUUUCACUUCUUUUGGAAGAGAUUGAUCCAAAAUUAUUUCCUAAAAAUGCUUUGGAAUUUUCUAAAACUUUUGAUCGUGCUAUUGAAUUGUUGAAAGAGGAAUGUCAAACUCCAGAAAAAUAUAUUUUUCUUCUUCAUGUUUUGAAGCAAUUGGAUGCUGAUGAAGAAAAUUGUCCUUCAUCUUCCUCAAUUUCAAGUCUGAAAAAAUUACUUCGUGACUUGACUAAACUUGAAAGUAUUCUCUCUAAAUAUCAAAUUCCAAUGAGUUACUCUGAAUAUUUGGCAUUACUAUUUGUCAGCGUGUGUUGGAUCGAGUGCGCUCUGCUCCAUCAAUUCAUGAUUAUAUUCAGCAAUUUGUGUUUCCAUAUAUUGAAGAACAUUAUUUGGACAAGAAUGAAGUGCUCUACAAUUAUAUCAAGUUCUUAUCGUCAUGUUCCAACACAAAAGGGUGGAAACACAUGGGAUGUCCUCUGUCUGAAAAUUACUGAACAAAUUACCGAUUCUAAUAUCCGAUGUCGUGCUAUACUCGAAAUUGCUGUUGGAACAGUGCCUCCAUGGAAUAAUCAAUUAAGUACUGUUGUGAAGAAUAUUUUGUCUCAGGAAGAGAAGAUCGAUCCAAAAUUGUUAUUUUAUUUGCGUAGACAAUGUUCUUAUGCUGACUUGGGACAAAUUUUUAUCAAAUAUCAAAUCCCUCUGGAAACUCGUUCUAAAUUAAUUUCCACUUCAAGUGUUCAACAACUUUUGCAGUUUAUCUUCAUAAAUAGUAAUAAUGAUAUGGUUGAUAAAUUAAAAGAUGGUUUUGCAAUUAUUGAGAUCUACCAACUUCUUCAAUCAACAACAUCUUCAAUCGAUUGUUAUUACAUUUAUGCAAUUGUAUUAGUUCGUCAAUUUACUGAUGAGGAUGAUAUUAAGCCGUUGUUGGAUCUAUUUGCAUUGAUUAAAUCUAAAGAAAUUUUGGAGGCUGUAGCAACAAAAUUGGUUAUUCUUCUAAAAAACUUUUUGGAGCCGUCUAAGCUUAAGAAAAUAAUUAUUCGACGACCCGUUUGGAUUUCCUGUUUGCUUGCGGUUUUGGAGCGUUUUUUACCUGAUACAGCCGAUAAUCAGGCACUUAUACGUUCUGCGCGUAGUUUGCGCCAACUCCAAAAUAAUCAUCAAAUUAUUCUUGGCUUCAAUUGUCUUAAAAAUACCGAAGCAAAUAUCAAAUUACUUGACGAUUUUAUCGAGGCAUCUUCUGACAAGUCAAUCGUAGAAGUUAUCAGAUUUGGAACACUGCUUGAAUUACCACUUAAAACUUCGUGUGUGACUUUGAUGCGUGCUCAAAUUCGAAGAAAUUUGCCUGAAGCUGUUUUGGAAUCAUUAAUUUAUCUUUUGGACAAUUACCAUACUUCUGAAAAGUCAAUUAUUGAAAAUGCUUUGGAGGCUUGUACAUAUGUUUGUUGGAAAUUCACUGAUUUGAUUCGGAACGAUUCUAAAAGUGGAAAUGGAGAUGAACUGAUUGAUUACUCUAUUAAUACUAUCUCAAGUUUUAAAGAAGUUUUACCAAAACUGGUUGAUUGGGCUGUUCAACUUGAGGAAAUUACUUUGGCGGAGUCUUUCUUUCCUAUAAUUCGCUACGUUAAUUUGUUUUCAUUUAUUUUAAAUCAAAUAAACAAAGAGACCGACGCAAUGCCUAAUUUGCCUUCUCGGCCCUCGAGCGUUGAACCUAACAAGAACUUAGUUGAAAAGUUGCAACAAACAUCAUUUCAAAUCCAUACACUCGAUCAUCGCAUGGGCGUUUUCCUUCCACAAAAUGAGGGAGUAUUUACUGAUUCUCUGGCUGUGGUUAGGGCUAUUUCUGCGAUUGGUGCUUCAGUUGUUGAACCGUUUGUUGAUACUGCUGAAAAAGAUGAAUACAUUAAAGAAAUGUGCAAGAGCUGGGAGAAGUUGUUUUUAUUACUUUCUAAUUCACAUGUGCUUCUUGAAGUUUAUGCGAGACAAUUUGCUAAUACUUUACCGUGUUUCAAUUCCAAUAAACAACUUCGCACAAUUGCUUUGACUGAUAUUGAUAGACGCAUUUUCAAUGUAUGCAAAAAGAUUUUUAGUUUUCCUGUUGCUGAUCUUCAUUUGGCUGCUUAUUUAUUGUUCAGUUUAUCAAAGACAAAUAUGUUUAAGACACUAAAGGAUCUUCGAACAUGGGCUUUAACAAAAAAGAAUGUGCGUUAUACACUCAAUCUCAUCAGGGCAUCGUUGUUUGUCCUCAUAUAUACCUCACAAGAGUUAACUACUAUUAAACAAGUCGCGUCUUGGUUUGACUCAACUUUAUGGCAGAAACGUUUAUUCAAGCAGGGAGUCAAUCUUGGAAAUACUCAACUAAAACGUGAAACAGUUUUUGAUUUGUGUGCUGAAUUUGCUAAAUUGAUUUUACCCUCGUCAAUAUUGAAAGAAUAUUGUGAUGAAACAAAUGGUGUUGAUACUGCUUCAAUUCUUUUAAAUUAUGGUAUUGAACUCUGUAAAUUCUCUUCUUGUUUGAGUGGACCUUCAAACACUGAACGUUUUACUUUGUGUAUUGAAACAGCGAAACAAUCAUUUGAGUAUGUACGAGCAGAAGAAAAAUCUUUAUUGAUUAUCAAUCAAACUAUUCGUGAUAUAUGCCCUUACAAUUAUGAAGCUCUUGAAAUUUUGGUAAAUAAAAUGAAGGAAAUUUUGGAGUCAGGUGUUCGAUUAGAUGAAAUUGCAGAUCGUAUUAAUGAUGCUUAUAUGUUAUUUAAAUUUUUAAAAACAUAUACUCGACAAGGUUCUAUUGCUCCAAUUGAAAUCCGUUGGUAUAGACAUUUUGUGAAUCCUAAAUAUUUUGAUACUUCUUUGCUAACAAAAAGCGGUCCAAUUGAAGCUUUUGACGACACUUGUGGAAGUGUUUUGAAUCAAACUACAAUUUCUGGUGGCCAAGAAAAUCAACAAAAAGAGAUGUCCCUUUUAACUGAAGCUAGCUUACCCCCGUCUUCACAAAAACGUCUGCCAUACCAUAUUUUUACUUUAGAGGAAAAGGAGCCUAUUGAAAGAUGGCAAAUGCCUUUUAUUUAUUCUGAAGUUUCUAUUAAAAAUGUGCAGUUAUGGGUCUCACUUAUUGAAAAUACAAAAUGCUUUCUCCAACACAGCCGUACUAGUCUUUUGGUUGCAGCUAUUAAUUCCCACGUGAAAGAUAUUGUCAAAUACAAUCGUGAACUUGAAGAUGUUGAUGUUGAAGAUAUGGAGAAUCUCAUUUAUGAGUCACACAAUCGUCUUAGCAUUCUCAAAGGGUUAUCAACACGAUUUCAAAAAAUUUCAUUAGGCAAAACAAAAAUUGGUUUAAUUGAUAUGUGCUGCAAUAUUUUACAAAAAUGGACAAAGAAUGCCAAAGAACUUCAAAUUUCUCCCAAGGAAGUUGAUCAGUUUACACAAAAUUCUCAAACUCUUCGUCAAUUGUUGGCUGUUUUAAAAACUGAAUUUUUAUUGGAGAAGAAUCAGUUAUUGGAUUCUGAAACUAAUGCUCUUACACAAAAGCCUGAAGAACUUAUAAUUUACCUUUUAUGUAGUAGCAAGUUAGAUUGGGGAGAUGUUACGUGUUCUGACAAAUAUUUUUAUGUCAUCGAUCAAGUUUCACAUAUCCAUUCUGUCAAUAAGGAAAAUAUUUUUAAUGAAUUAAUUGAUCGUUGGAUACUAUCGGGCAGUUAUGAUCCUUUAUAUGGUGGUGGUGGUAUUGCACAAAUUGUUACUCCAGAUCUUGAAGCAACUAUUGAUUUUAUGGGUACUGGAAGUAGUGGACAAAUGACGAAUAAUGAAGAUCCUUUGGAUGUAAAAGUUUUGCCUAUGCUUUAUGAUGACAUGCAGAUUAUCCGUGUUGUGGCUUUGUUGCGACGAAUUGAAAAUCCUAAAGAAAAAAUUGUGGAAAUUUCUCGAAAAUUGAAAUUGGAUGUAUCCUGUCUUCCCGGUGGAUAUUUAACAAAAAUUCGUAUUGCAUCAUGUAUCCUGCGAUUUGUUGAUGCUGAUCAAAUGCAAGAGCUUUUUAAAAUGAAUAUUGGCCAAUUUUAUCGAGAAUUUAUUCCUGUCCUCAAUCAACGUCUUUCUGCAAUUGGACAUGUUGAGAUACCAUUCAAUAUUUCUCAGGAUUCGUCAUUUUGA